AUGACUUGGCAUGCUCAACUUGUCCUGGUGCUGGCCCUGGUCUGCCUGGUGAAUGCCUCGUGCUCCGGCAGGUCAGACGCUUGUUCCUCCAACCCAAUCCUUGUGCGAAGAGUCAAUACUCUUAACUUUCAACCCGAAUCAUGUAACCUCAAGUGGAAGUUGGGCUGUACGAGGCCCGACAAGAAUGGCGGCAAGGAGCAGAAACCGCCGCCCUACCCCCUAUGCACCACAUGGGACUACCCAUCCGGAUUGCUGCCUGUUGAUUCCUACACACUAUCGUUACAGGCAAAUACCUUCAGUAAAGGCUCCGCCAAUGCCACGCUACACGGCUUAUGGCCAGGAUCAGUUGGUGGCAAAGGUGCCAAGAAUCAGCCUUACGGGUGUCGUAACGGCGAGGAGUUCGAUGAGACGAUCCCCAAGACCUUCCACGACCUGCUGAAAUACUUUUGGCCCACAAAUCCAGAGUUCAAGAACACAAUGCAGUGCUUUAUCUUGUCUGAAUGGAUGAAGCAUGGCACCUGCGCAGUAAUUCCUGGUGCUGACGGCGAAGCCUUCAGGCUGUCACAAGAGUCAUACUUCCGUACGGCGUUUGUGUUAGCCAACGAGUUCAACGCAAACAUAGCUCUGCAAGAGCAACUCAAGGCACCAACGCCGAUGACAGAUAUGGAGCCGCUUAUUACCACUCGCUGCGUGCAGUGCGCGUACCUAGCAACAGUGGGCUGGGAAGGGACAGAUGUGGCAAGCGUUCCACGUAUGUCAGCGGACUGUAUCGACACGUGCUUUGCUUGUGGUAAGGACUGGGACAGGUGCCCUCCUGCACAGCUAGAAAGCACUGUUGAAUUGGAUCCCAGCAAUGCACCACCGAAUGAGAGUGGCAGUGGUAGUGAUGGACCCGCAAGCUUCCGGUCACUAGACUUUGCUGUGCCAGGCCUUGUCAACAGUGAGAACAUUUCCCCGUGGGAGGGCACUUGGCGCUCGUUUGGAGCCGAGCAGCUGGGCUCCGGCAAGUUCGAAUUUGCGCAGACCUUUACCGAUACCACCAUGACCGUCACUACAGACAGUCCAUAUCCCCAGACGUGCAACUAUGAGAGACGUGGACCUGGGGAGCUGGUACUUAAAUGUGGCAGCAAUAACUCCCACCUGGAGGAGUGUCUAGUACAGAGACUGCCAGACGUUGGCGGGCUUGAAGCGGCCUUUCUAGCAUGCAACCACACUGGGGCCCCGGCGCCGGGAAGUUUCUUCACUGCUAUGGAUACGCCUGGGUGCGGUAACUUUCUCAUGUUCCGUUGCAAGGCAUCAGCAGCAGGUUGUUCCUUUUCUCCAGAUGUUGUGUCAGCAGACGACAGUAAGGCGACAAAGCCUAAUGCCGGGGCUGAGUCUGACUCCAAACCCAGCUAUAUUAGCCACUCCCACCCGGGCAUCGCUGGAUCACCACUCAAGCUUCUGGGAACAUGGCGCACGCUCCAGGUGUCGAGCCACUAUGAAAAGGGCCUUGCACGGUGGAACUUCACUUCCGACGGCCAGGCAUCGAUGGAGUGGCCGAACUACCCCAGCCGCGGUGUUACACGUUACUCUGUCUCGCACUCUCAGGAAGAUCCCAGCCGAGUUCUCCUCGCCGAUGCCACCGGCGCUAUUACCAACUGUCGCUUCAGGUUUCAAUAUCAGCCUGUAUACUCCUACGCAACACUGGAUUGUGAUGCACCAGACCAACAGGCAGGAGACAAGAAGAGCUCGCAACAUACAAAAUGGGCCAUGGGUCGAUGUAACCCUUGCAGUGCCUCAUGUCGCUAUUCAUGCGGUCCUGAGAAUGAUAUGUGCGGUGUUGGAUCUUGCGACCCGGCCGAGUCUACGGAAACAGAGCAUGCUGGUGCCUCGCUACCAGCCAAAGACGGUCAUAACUGGUGCACUCCAGAAGACUCCAGCUGCUGGCCCACGAAGACGGCCAUCCUCAAUCUGGAGCAGGCGCUGGAUCCUACAGUACCAAGACUUGGACUUCAAUGGAACAACUACCCACAACCGCAGCCAGCGCCAGUACCAAUGGGCUCCAUCAAAAACCAGUCAUUCUAUGGUCUAGGUAGCCAAGGACUGAAAGCGUUGUACUACUACGAAGACAUCAAUGAGAUGCAGCGCCCUUGCUACAGUGCAUCUGGUGAUGUUAAGAUUUGGAACGACGUGUCGGAUAUGUGUAAAGCGGCACUUCACCAGAACGAGUACCGUGAUUGGAACCCUUUUAUCGUCGUCUUUCCGCUCAAUGAGCGUCAUGUUGCUGCUGCCCUCACGUUUGCCGCGCAGCACCGACUGUGCAUCGCCACUGCUGGCACAGGCCACGAAUACAACAGCCGUAACUCAUGCCCAACUGGUGGCAUACUCAUCCGCACAAUCCUGCUUAAGGAUAAGACAUUUAUACCUACCUGGAACCAAGACCCUACCAUCGCCCCUGCUGGCGCGUUCCGCUUUGGUGCCGGUUCUAUCUUUGCUGAGAUGCACGCCUACUCAGCCAAGUAUGAUCGCGUUGUCGCAUCGGGUUGGUGCUCCACUGUUGGCAUGGUUGGCUUCCAUCUCGGUGGUGGCCAUGGACCAUUUGCACCGUCUAUGGGUCUUGGUGUUGAUAACCUGCUGGAGAUUGAAGUUCUUCAGGUCGGCAGUGAUGCCCAAGACAAUCCCGUUGUCCACAAGAAGAUCGCCAGUCGUCAAGAGAAUCCACAGCUCUUCUGGGCCAUGCGCGGUGGCGGUGGUGGUGUCUGGGGUGUUAUCCUCUCUAUGACCAUCCGCGCUCAUGAGGUACCCGAUGGCGGCCUCAACCGUGUCUUCAUCUCCCAGAAGGGCAAUUUCUGCCCAGGCCCACGAGACUUCGGUUACGAGUGGCUCCGCGACAUGUGGGUUCGCUUUGCAGCGUGGCAGCUCAAGCUCAACCACAAGGUUAGCACACAGCCCGCCUUCUUCAUCAACACCACCGACUACAAGAAUGGUGAUCUUUGCAAAGUCACCUGGAGCUUCAACUUUGAGUAUUUCUAUGCUGGUGGCCAGAAAGAAGAGGACUAUAAGCUGUUCCGUGAUGGUCUCCAACACGUCCUGAAGAACUACACGGCACAGGAGGACAGGUAUGAGUCGGCUUAUGAGUACCUCCUCUCUAUGCCCGCCAACAAGUUUUCACUCAUCUCUACGAACCCGUUGCCAGCGUCAAGUCCGCCCUCCGAUGCAGCCACUGGUUCUCAAAACUCAGUCCUUGUCUCGCGACAGAUGAUGGAGACAAAGUUCGCCUCGACCAUGAUGGACGUGUUAGAUAUUUGCGUAAAGACAUUGAAGUCUCCUGACAAGACAUCACCGGAUCCAGCAGGUUAUCGUUGCGGUUUCCACUAUCUCUACACGUCACUGACGGGCAACCUUGGCAGCGUGCAGCCAAAAGACACAGCCAUCUCGACGGGUUUUCGCUCGGCGCUUAUGCUGUGGAAUGCACGCACCUUGACCACGCAGCAAGCCAACGAAACGAUAUAUAAGCUUGGUCCAAACAGUUAUUUCUCUGAAAGCUCCUAUGUAAUGCAUAACUGGACAACGAGGUACUGGGGUGAGAAGAAGUAUGGACAGUUGCUGGCUGUGAAGAAGGCGCAUGACCCGAAGAAUCUUUUCUGGUGUCAUCAUUGUGUCGGCGAUAACCCGAAGGAUGCAUAUGGAGAGCCGCUCGGUCCUCAGGGCGAUGUUGUUAAAGAGAAGAAGCCGAAGGUUGAAGUGAAGGACGAGCUAUAGUUGGGGACCUACGUGUUUUGGACAUUGUGAAUCCGGUCCGUUGAUCCAGAU